AUGGACAGCCCACUCAUUUCACCUGCUAAAGCUCGGCAAGCUGCCAUUCAAACCAAAGACUGGGCAUACGUCAACACCUGGCUCAAUCGACAAUAUGCGCCGAAACCAGUCCCUCAGUUCGAGCGUAACGAUGAUACCCUCCGUGUGCUUCUGACGUUGGCAGCAGCCAAUGAUGCCGCAGACGAAGAGGUAUCUCUGCAACAGCGGGCUCGUGAAGAAGCAGUUCAAGCUUACAAAGCACGAGAAGAUUUUGAGCGCAAAGACCCCCAAGAGCAACAAAAAGCCCAAAUCCUUGAAGAAGUCGAGAUGAGUCUUGACGAUAGAGGCAGGCGUGAUCUAGAUGAUCUUGCUGACUCUGCGGCAGCUCUUGGCAAUACAUUGAAUCCGAAUCCCGGAGACCUGGGACAGUCAAUUGUGGAGCUUACCGUGGAGGAGUUCGAAGCUCAAGAACAAGUUGCGAAAGUUGACACAUUGCAUCGAUACCUCCAACAAGAGCUAGCUCGACUACAGGUGGAGCUCGACGAACUAAAAUCCGAUGUGGCAUAUGAAACCCCGGCAAAUACACAAAAAUUGACUUCGGAGUGGACGCGGGGCACAAAAACGCUUGCCAUCAAGGUCGCAGAGUACCAGGAUCGCAUCGCCUCUUUAGAAAGAGUACAGUCACAUGGCCCGAAUAUUGAUGAGCUGGUAAAAGAGGAGGAAAAUGUGCUCCGAAUGCGCGAGACAGUCAGGUCGCUGCAAUACCGGGCGCGGGCAUUUCAGCACCUUCCCAAAAAUGUUUCAGCCGCGCGAGCAAAAUGCAAAGAGUUGGAGAACGAACUUGGUCAACUCAUACAUCAACGAGACUCAAUGCUUGGCAGUCUGGCCGAACGACGUUAA